AUGUUGCCGCGACACCUCUCGUUAUUGGUACCCGAGCUGAGGUACGAUCCGGCUACACGACCGUCCUGGGACGCUAAAGAUGUACGAGCCCUCACGACCACACCUCGUCUUCCGCACAAAACUAAUGCACUAGACGCGAAACCAGACCGAGCCUCUACCGCGCAACAUGGGCGCACCACUGACCGCACACUAUCUUCGUGUUUCGGUGUCUUGAUACCACUGGGACAGCAUGUGAGCGCGGAAGACCUGCAUCUUGAGAUACCAAACACCGAGACCGUGCGAAAGACCAAGGGACAGUAUACAGCAGUGCCUGGACUACAGCGCUCCGAAGCAAGCCGGAUGAGAUCCGCGAACAUGAUCGAGUUCCUUCAAUACACACCAACAACGGCAAGAGACUCCCGCGGACGAACAAAGAUGGUGAAGAAACGUGAGUAUCCGCUCUACCAGCCAACGAAGUUCCGUCAUUUCGUACCUUUAACAGAGAAGUUCGUGAAGAUACCCGAGAAGGAGGUCGAUAUCUGCGAGCCGCCGAAGGGUAAACGAAAGCGCAUCCCGUGCAGAGCGCCUUCGCCGCCGGCGCAAGUUCUGCGUUCUACUUGCCGAGUGCUUAGUGCUGAGGAGCAGGAUCGGUGGAAGAUACCACCGCUGGUGUCGGGUUGGAACAGCCGGAAUAGAUACGCUAUACCUCUCGACAAGAGACUGGCGUCAGAUGGAAGGGGAUUGCAAAACGACACCAUCAUCGUCAGCAACUUCCACGAGUUCUGCGAAGCCCUAGAGGCUGUCGAACGAUACGCAAGCGAAGACGUCCGCCAACAGGCUAUGCUAGCGCAGUGUCUCAAGGGUGAUAAUAUGUUGCAGAAUGAAGAGCGCCUCUGCGAGAUUGCAUAUCAACAUCGGCAGCAGUGCACGAAUUGUGCCCGCCGCCGCGGCCAGUCUUCUCGACUCCGAAGGUGA